AUGGAUGCUACAUCGGCUGUUUGCGGGAAGACAAAUGUUCACCUGCCCAGGAUCGGAUUCGUAUUUACGGGCCAGGGCGCUCAGUGGCCAGAGAUGGGACGUGAUUUGCUCAACUCAUUCCAAGUAGCGAGAGAGACGAUCGACCACCUCGAUGCCGUUCUCCAGCGUUUACCAGACCCGCCCACCUGGAACAUAUGGGAUGAAUUAACAUCUCCGCGCGACCCGGAGCAUACAAGACAGCCUGAGUUCAGUCAGCCUCUUGUCACUGCCCUGCAGUUAGCGCUACUCGCAACUCUGAAGAGCUGGGGUAUUUCACCACACAGUGUUGUGGGGCAUUCGUCAGGUGAAAUCGCAGCGGCAUGCGCAGCCGGGUAUAUUUCCGACGAGCAGGCCAUCAGCCUUGCAUAUCGGCGUGGAGAGGCUUGUCAAAAUACACGCGAUCAAAACGACUCUCGCUUGGGAAUGUUAGCGGUUGGUCUUGGAACUGAAAAUGUUUCGAAGUAUUUGGACGAUUCCAAGGAGGUACAGAUUGCAUGCUUCAACAGUCCUUCGAGCACGACUCUCUCGGGUCCCGUCGCCACAUUAGAGAGUUUGAAAGAACAACUUACGGAGAAUGGAGAAUUUGCACGAAUGCUGCAGGUAGACCAGGCAUAUCACUCCAGGUACAUGGAGAAGACCGGAGAAUCAUACCAGGAAGCUGUGUCCAAGGACUUACCUCUACUCUCCGCAUCCCUGCAAGCACUUGGUUCCGUACCAAUGUUCUCAUCCGUAUCUGGCUGCCAGCAAACCGAAAUCCCUGACAUCGAGUACUGGAAAACAAACAUGGUGUCGCCCGUACGUUUCGACGACGCUGUUCGUGCGAUGCUAACGUCCAAAGAAGCGCCUAACUAUCUCAUUGAAAUCGGUCCUAGUGGGGCUCUGAAGGGACCUCUCGCGCAGAUUCAGAAUAGCUUUGACGGUCCGCCGAAGGCAAAAUACCUUUCGGCGUUGCACCGAGGGCCCGAAUCAAUUAGGUCCACUCUCGCAGUUGCUGGUGAAUUGUUCCUGGCAGGCUCUCCGAUAUCCAUGCAGCUCGUGAAUGAAGAUCAGCAACAAUCCUAUCCUUUGGUCGUGACUGAUCUGCCAGGGUACAGCUGGGAUCACUCGACCAAAUACUGGUUCGAGUCAAAGUCCAGCAAAGACUGGCGGUUUAAACCAUUUGCGCAUCACGAUCUUCUCGGCAGCAAGACAAUUGGUACAUCUUGGCGCAAUCCAACAUUCAAGAAGUCAAUUAAUUUGGCUCACUUGCCAUGGCUGCGAGAUCAUCGGAUUGGAUCUGAUGUCAUUUUUCCCGGGUCCGGUUACAUUGCGAUGGCUGUGGAGGCCUUGUAUCAGGUAACAUGCAUUCGUCAACCAGACACUGUCGUUUCAUCACCGGGUCAGCUAGGCUAUCGCUUGCGAAACGUGCGCUUUGAUAUGGCGCUUAUCCUGGAAGAUGGAGUUGAGCCGGACGUCUACCUCACCAUGAGUCCAUUUGGGGGCUCAGAAGACACAUGGUAUGAAUUUACGAUAUUUUCGACCCGACAAGAUAUCACGACAUAUCAUUCCAGCGGCAUGAUUCGUGUCCAGGAUGUUGUCAUCGACCCAGCAAGUGAAGCAGACAAAUUACCUCUAGAGCAUGCUUUACCUGGCCACAUGUGGACAAAGGCCUUUGCAGAGAUAGGCUUCAACUAUGGUCCAGCCUUCCAGCUGCUUCGAGAAGUAGAGACCCGCGCUGGUUCGAGGAGAAGUCGAUGUACCAUCACAUUAGCCGAUCCCUCUUCGGACCAAGCGCAGUCAUCCUAUCCUUUCCAUCCCGCCGCCCUAGAUGGAGUGCUCCGGGCUACUGUCCCGGCCUCUGUUGCCGGAACAAGGGGAGCUACUCGCGAAACGUUGAUCCCUGCCGUGAUUGACGAUUUCAUCAUAAAUCCCAAUCCCAGCCGUCCUGAUUUUGGGAUAGCAGUAUCUUCGAGCUACUACUCUGGUCGAGGAAGGACUGAUGCCGCAAAGAGCUACCUAGGUGACACCUCUGUAUAUGACCCAGUCACAGGAGAACUUCUCAUACGGAUGACGAGACUUGCGAGUCACAAGGUUGAUCUAGGGACCGACCCAUUAGCUUCACACGUACUCACCCAUGAAGUCUGGAAGCCAGACAUCACUACACUGAACACAGAAUAUCUUCGAAUACUAUGUGAUCAAUAUGCGGAUAUAGUUUCGGCGAUACUGGACUCGGCGCUACAUAAGAAACCCGAUCUGGAUGUUCUUGAAAUCGAUUUAGACACGGGAGAUCUCAGCAGCCCUUGGUUGGACUGGCAGCAGGAGGCUGAACAGCGCAGUGGUCGAAGCUACCGCUUCAUGGCACUCGAUCCCGUCAGCGUUGCUGAUAUCCAAAGCCAAUAUGAAACAUAUACAGAUUUAUCGGUCGAUGUACUCGAUCCCGAAAAUGACCGAUUGGGUCUUCGAGCAGACGACACAUUCGACCUUGUCAUCUUGAAAUGUGUUUCGCCUUUGUCAGAUAAGAUGAUGACUGUCGUAGAGGCUAUGAAAACCUUGUUGUCUGCAGAGGGCCGUAUAUUGGCUAUUGACUUUUCAGCCACGGGUCGUCACAUUACUCCCAGGCGCUCUCUCCGGGGCAAUUUGGAUAGAUCUCAAUCAUUUCGCGUCCUUCCCAUCCCCGAAAAGACGAGGAGCGUAAUGUUGUGUUCGCCCUAUCCGGAGACAUUGGCACACGAUUUAUACAUUGUCACUUUCGAAGAGAUCUUUCAGCUUCCAGCUAUUCUCAGAAACCAUCUCCGAAAGGCGGGAUGGAGAGUUCAUGAGCCUCAAUGCAUGCCUGAAAACAUUCCAGAGGGAGCUACUGUACUCGUCAUUGACGAGCUAUUCGCUUCCCUCUUCACAGGAAUCUCAGAGCCACAGUGGCAUUACCUUCGUCAGCUAGUGACAGCCGGGUGCAAGAUACUUUGGGUGACGCAAGGGUCUCAGCUCGCGGUGUUUCAGCCAGACAAUGCGCUUGCCGCAGGCCUUUUCCGGUCUGUUCGUUCUGAGGAUCCGAAUGCAACAAUCAUGACCCUUGACAUUAGAUCCAGCGAGAUGGAGCAGGCAGCGCCCCAUAUUCUGGAGGUGUUGAGGCAACUUGAGCGACCACAUGCCCGUUGGGUCACUGACAGCGAGUAUGUGGAGCGAGAUGGGAUCCUUCACAUACCCCGAAUCGUUCCUUAUCAAAUGUUGGGCCGUGAGGUACACGCACACAUCGGAGACCCAACCACGAAACUUUUAUCAGAAAAUAAAGAAAUCGCACAGCUCAGAGCCGAACAAGUAGGUACCUUGGAUGGACUGCAGUUCGUCGAGGUUGCCACAGAGCCCCUUGCACAAGGCUACGUUGAAAUAGAGAUUUCCGCUGUGGGCCUGAACUUCAAAGAUGUCGCUGUCACCAUGGGAAUUGUUCCAGAGAACGAACAUUUGCUGGGACUUGAAGGGUCCGGUGUGGUCCGCAGCGUUGGAGCGGGAGUUUCGGAAACCUUGUCCCCUGGCACGCGCGUUGUGUUUAUGGCAAAGGGAGCACUCGCCAAUCGUAUCCAGCUGCCCGCAGAAUUCGUCCUUCCCAUUCCCAAUGCAUUGUCGUACCAGGACGCAGCAACGAUACCCGUCGUAUUCUGCACGGCUUUGUUCGCCAUAGUUGACACUGCUAACCUCCAGUCGGGGCAGACAGUGCUCAUCCAUUCAGCUGCGGGGGGUGUGGGAAUGGCCUGUAUACAGUUGGCUCAACACAUAGGAGCAGAUAUCUAUGUCACAGUAGGAACAGACGAGAAGCGUUCCUGCCUCCACGAGAAGUUCGGCAUUCCUUUCGACCACAUGUUCUCAUCACGAUCCACAAACUUCGCAUCCGAGAUCAUGAAGGCGACGCAGGGACAGGGAAUCGACGUAAUUGUUAACUCCCUGACAGGUGAUUUGCUAGACGCAACUUGGCGCAUCUGUGCAGACGGCGGAACGAUGGUUGAAAUUGGCAAGCGAGAUAUUGUGGAACGCAACUAUCUUGCUAUGGACCCGUUCGACCGGGGGUGUUCAUACCGCGCCCUCGACCUAUCGCACCCCAAGUUGAUACUCAAACUGCCCAGUGUUCUCAAUCGUAUCUUCGAUCUCCAAGCGAACGGACAUAUUUCUCCGAUCACUCCCAUCACCACAUUCCCUAUGAGCGACAUCCCUGAGGCAUUUGCAUUCCUUCGCAGCGGUCGCCACAUUGGGAAGGUUGUUAUAUGCGACAAGCCUGGUCACGCAUCCGAGGUUUCCAUACGACCUAUGCAGCGCGACCUGACUCUUCCCACGGAUCUGGCUUAUCUAAUAGUUGGAGGGCUCAAGGGUCUGUGCGGUAGUCUAGCCCUGCGCCUCGCAGAAAAAGGGGCCCGGCACCUGGUUGUGAUGUCUCGAAGCGGUUACGCCGACCCUCGAUCAAAAAGGGUGAUAACGAACUGUCGUUCACUCGGAUGCGAGGUCUAUUUCUGCCGCGGUGACGUCUUACGCGUUCUAGAUGUGCGACGAGCCUUUAUGAAGGCGCCGGUACCCAUUGGCGGCAUUGUGCAGGGUGUCAUGCUUCUUCGCGACCGGCCUUUCGAAACGAUGACAGUGGACGAAUACCACCAAAGCAUCGAAGGCAAACUACAGGGAACCUGGAAUCUGCACCAUGUCUCCUUGGAGCGUGGGCUCUCGUUGGACUUCUUCCUCAUGUUGUCCAGCAUUUCAAGCGUGGUAGGCAGCCCAGGCCAGGCCAACUACGCCGCCGCCAACAGUUUUCUUGACUCAUUUGCUGCAUACCGUCGGUCGAUGGGAUUAGUCGCAAUGACAGUCAACCUAGGAGUGAUUGAGGAUGUAGGAGUAGUCGCUGAAUCUGAUGCCCUGUCCAAGCGCCAUCAAAAAUCAACAGAAUUGACAAACAUCCCCGAAGGGGUCCUGCACGACAUUUUCGAUUGUUCGCUUCGGCACCAGUUCAUGUUCAAGGCCCAGCCAUCGGGUGCUGAAAGUCCGAGCCGGUUGAUCACAGGUCUCGCUGUGCCGCAAGACCCGAAGCAGUCAGCCUUGCGAUUCGAUCCACGCUUCAGGGGAUUAUUCGUAGCGCGGGCAAACGCAUUCGAGUCCGGGACGGGUGCAAAUGAAAACGACCCCGUUGGCAGUGCAGUCUAUGCUUUCCACGGACUCGUCCGGGCUGGCAGUUCCGCCGAACAGCUUCUUGAGCCAUGUGUGCAGGUCCUAGCGGCCCGGCUGGGACAAAUGCUGCGCUGGAACGACGAACAGCAGAUUGAACCGGAGCGACCGCUGUCGGUGUACGGACUAGACUCGCUAUCUACAGUGGAGCUCCGAAAUUGGAUCAAGGCCGAGUUGGGGGCGGAAUUGGCCACGUUUGACAUUGUUCAUGCAAACAGUCUGAUCAUGUUGGCGGAAAGGUUAGUCAAUAAGGUACGACGGGAAUGA